AGUUCUUAUUGCUCUUGCCGUCGCUCUAUUCGCUAUUCAAAAUGGCGACGGUGUGGCGAACUCCGUGCGCAUUUGCGCGACUUUUUGUUGGAAAACCUGGUCAAAUCCUGAACAACGCAACUGAUUUGGGUGCAAAACUUACCCCGGAAUCACUAUCGGCAAUAGUCACUUCAAGAAAUUAUUCAAGUUACGCUAAAUCUCCGUUCGUGUCAAGAGUCAAAGAACAAUAUGACUUCGAAAUUGUGAAGAAUCCACCAGAGUGGGCUUAUGUGGAAAGACUCUUGCCGUUUCAAACUAUUCCUAAAAUCACACCUAAGGACAGCUACCCUUCCGGAUGGAUACCACCAAAAGAAGAAGCAAAAGAUCUUCCAUACUUCAUAUCUAGAAACAAGAAUUCUAGUUUACCCAUAUAUUUGAAUUUGACGUUUAGAGGUAUGCGCAAAAUAUCCAAAAUUAAGAGAAUUGAAGGAGACAUCUGGCAUCUAAACGGCGAAAUUAAAGGUUACUUGAAAGAUAAGUUUGGGAAAUAUAUAGAAACUAGAGUUCAUGAGCCUGGUAGAUUCAUUGAAGUAAAGGGAGAUUAUGUCGAAGAUUUAUGUGACUGGGCUUAUUCCAAAGGUUUCUAGAUUAAUGAUACAAAUUCCGUAGAAAAAUAAAAGAUUUGUAAUUA